AUGGCCUCGUAUCCCCGGUCAAUUGCACCGGCCGCGGUGUGGCCUCCGCAGCCAGCACCCUACGCAAUGGUACAGGCGGUCCAUGCACCCUACGCUGCACAGCCGGUCUGUGGCAAGCCAGUCGCUGAGCUGAACCUGGGGCUCAUGAGCUCUACGACCACAGCCGCUCCUUCCUCUCCCGACGACUCCAACUCCACACCCAUCUUGUUCUGUCCGGAGCGCCGACCGAUGCCCGGCAGUGCCUCGAGCUCUCUCUCGGCCCCGCCUACAGACAUCAAGCUGAACACAGGGGCUGAGGCGGCUGCGAUACGGCUCAGGUUUGAAGCUCCCCAGGCAACUUGCGAGGCAGACCCUCGACUAGGUGCACCGCCUGGCGACACAGGCAGGAAGCCGACGAAGGGCGAGGGCAAAGUCUUCAUCGCUUGCCCCAAGCCUGCAGGCCGCGCCCGGUCCCCUGAUGCCGUGCUGUUGGGUCGCCCUGUGCCCAGUACCGGUGGUGCGCGAACGCCGGUGCCAGGCGGAACGAAGAUGGCCCCGCAGGCCGGCACCAGAAUCCCAGUACAGGGUGCUGUCAAGACGCCGAUGCCCAACGCUGCAAAAGCGCCACUGCAGGGCGUAAGGACGCCGGUCCCGGGCGGUGUGCGCACUCCGGUGUCAGGCGGCGUGCUCACUCCCGGGCCUCCAGGACAGGGUGGGGCGAGGACCCCUGUCUCCCCGCUGCCAGGCGCCCGGAGCCCGCUCCAGCCGCACAAGGUGCUGCUCAGAGCUAAGACCGGCGGUGCGGACCUUACUCCGCCAUCCCCAACACCAGCGACGGGGAGCCCGGCACUAGUGAAGAGCAAGACCGGCCUGAAUGCAAGGCGCGUGCCGAGCCCGGUGCUGGGACACCGCUUGGUGGCGCCGGGAUCCGAAAGAGGAGGAAACCGGAGCUGCUCUCCAGAAGGCGGCCAUCUGCCUGGGCAGACCAGUGCUCCACCCUCGCCACAGCUUCCGAGCCGCACAGUGGGGGCGGCUUGCCGACUCCGAGUUCACAGCCCGCGGGGUCAGAAGGAGAAGGCUGCGCAGCAAGUUACAAGGACGUGCAGUGAGGGCGAGGACGCCCUCCACAAACUGCAUGGUAGUGCCAGCUUGAUCAAAGAUGCCCUGGAGAGCAAGCAGAAGCUGCAGAAGUAUGCAAAGUCCUGCUUCCAAGCGUCAGACGCCAAUGGCGACGGCCAAGUGAGUUUCGAGGAGCUUUGCAAAUGCAUGCAGAAGAUGAAUGCAGAUCUCGGCAUUGGAGAUUUCACGGAGCGGCAUGUGAUGCACUACCUCCAGAGAUUCGACACCGACGGGGACGAGCUGCUAAAUGAGAAAGAGUUCCAAGAGCUCUACAGGGCCCUGCUCUUGGUGAAGCUGGAGGAAGUGGAGCCUGCGGACUUCUCGCGGGAUAUGUUUAUUGGCCGACGGAAGGGCAAACCGGAGGACAACUACGAGGUCUUCGGUAUCGUGGGGGUCGGCUCUUUCGGAGUGGUCCGGAAAGUCAAGUGCAAGCUUACCGGCACCACACGUGUGAUGAAGGUGGUCGACAAGCAGAAGGCACUCAAUGGAGGCUAUCCUCUGAAGCUCAUCAUGGAGGAGAUCGACAAGCUCCGGGCUCUUGACCACCCGUCCGUGCUGCGGCUCUUCGAAUACUGUGCUGACGCGCUGAACUUGUACCUGUUUACCGACAUGCUGCCAGGUGGUGAUUUGCUCGACAUCGUGGAGGGAUCUUACAACAAGAAGCGGCGAAUAGAGGAGAAUUGGGUGCGGGAUGUCUUUCGCCAGGCGGCUGAAGGAGUCGCCUACUGCCACGCCAAAGGCGUCAUGCACAAGGACUUGAAGCUGGAAAAUAUCAUGCUGGCCUCGGUCCAACCACCGGAGGCGGUGGUCAUCGACGUGGGCCUUGCCGAGCUUUUCCCGCCCUCCGAAGCUGACUCCUUCAGCUCAGCGGACCCUGCUGGUACGCUGGCGACCAUGGCUCCUGAAGUGAUCCGCGGCAACUUCAACGCGAAGUGUGACGUAUGGUCUCUAGGUUGCUGUCUCUACGCACUGCUCUGCCGCAAGCCUCUGCGCCUUGAGGAUGUGAAGGGCGAAGGAAAAGGCGAAGUGGAGCUGUACGAUUACUUCUAUCCGUUCUCUCCGCCUCCGGAUGAGUCCCGCCCGGAGCUGAAGGCAUACAUUGCGCGGCAGAAGGAAGGCCCAGACUUCACCAGGCCAUCAGAGCUUUCGGGUUUCUUUCAUCGACGGGCCUGUUAG